CGGGACUCCAUGAAUAUUAUUACCAUUUCUUCUGAGGUGGGAGAAAGCGAAGGUGGGAGCAGGCUGAUAGUUUUGCUUGAAGUAAACCAGCCAAGUCACUUACACGCAAAAUAAGAUUGCAUUCGGAUCCUAUCGGAUGCUCAACUGGAUCCACGCGAACUCAAAGAGAUAAUGCAGGAAACCAACGUGAAGCUGGCCGUGAACAACAGGCAGGACAGCGCGGGAACAGUGCAACUUUUCCGACCUGGGUCUAAUAUGCAAAUAAAACAGCGGGGUUGGGCAGAUACAACCUCACCUGUUAGUGGUGCUUCUGAGUUCGUGUUUCAAGCACAACUGCGGCGAAGCACCUCUGCUCCGCUGCUACGUUAACGACAAGGGGAGUCCAGGAUUCCUCUGGGGACACGUUUGUUUGGAUUCCGUUGCUUUACGAAGCGAUCAAUGAAGCAUAAGACUACAUGCAUGAACUUUUGAUUCUGCGGUGGAUGCAGGGAGCACGUGUGGUGAUUCAUUUCAGUGACCAUUUGCCUCACUUCACCCAAACAUUGAUGGCAGCAGCUUAAGCUACCCUUGGAUCCAUUUUCUGGUGCAGCUGGUGCUGAUCCUUAAUGUUGCCAGAUACUAUGCCUGUAGCUCACCAUCCUGCAGCACUUGUCCUCUUCCAGCUCCUCAUCCUUAUAGUAGAUUGUGGGCUCAGCAAAAAUGUCAACUUUCAUAACGUGAGGCCGCCAAUGUCUCCAACUCCAUUUCCAAACAGCUUCAAGUGCUUCACUUGCGACAAUGCUUUGGACAAUUAUGAGUGUAACAGAUGGGCUGAAGAUAAAUGGUGCCCUCAGUACACAGAGUAUUGCCUUACGGUGCACAGAUUUACAAGUCACGGCAGGAGUGAAUCAGUUUCAAAGAGAUGUGUUUCAAAGGAGGAAUGCCAUUCUGUGGGAUGCCAUCAUUUCAGGAAAUUUGGUUAUAUGGAGUGCAUUUCCUGUUGUGAAGGGAUGAUCUGCAACAUUGAAGUGCCAACGAACCACACAAAUGCAGUAUUUAUGGUUAAACAGCAGCACAGGUUGCCCUCAUCUGCCAGCAUUAGGAUGCAGAACAUAAUCUGGAUCACAGCACCUCUUCCAGUUCUUCUGCUGGUAUGAUGCCACGGAAAG